AUGACCAAAACAGCGAAAACUAUAUCCCUUUACGCGCCCAGCACCAAGCUCAACGUCCCUGAUCUUGUCGUCUCACCGUAUCAAACUUUCGAACAGGUCUUGCAGGGCGUACGUCUUGCAGUGAAUAGCAAACAUGCCGCCUUGUAUACCAUCGAUGCCAAGCCUAUUGUAAGUGUUGAGACGCUGAAAGAUGACCAGCGCGUGCUUGUUGCGGUGGCAAAGAGCGAGAUUAUGUUGCCGGACGCGCCGGUUGGGUUCAUUGUGUAUUGCGGUGAGGAGAGGGAUGAUGUUGGUGUUGAGGUUGAAGGAGGAUGGGGAGAGUGGGAUGAUCUCACCGACCGCGAAAAAUGCGAACACAUCACCAGCCUCAACGCAAUGAAGCCAACGACGAGAAACAAACUACGCAUCACACGCUCUUAUCAAUCCGUAGCUGCCGAUCUUGCUGUUAUCGAAGAGGCCAUUCAUUCAGGAAACCCAGACGCCGCAGCCCUGUCGGACGCAGAAGCCAACAUUGAGAAUCGCUGGAAUGUCACGUAUGACCACUUCAUCCCCCCCGCACACUGCCCUCCACGCCUCAAGACCAACGGUACAGUCUGGUGUCCACCUGUUCUAGCCGGGCUCGAUGUGCUCAGCAGCUUCACACAAGGACAGGCACGCUUGGCAGCAGAGUUCCUGGAAGAAGCGGUGAAGAGGCGGGUUGAUGAGGGUGAGGACACGGAUGUGGUGGUCAAGUACGAGGAUGUGAGGGAUGCUGUUGCACUUGUGUAUGAGAGGGCGGAUGUUAUACCUAUGAAGUUGAGGAAGAAGGCGGGGAAGAAGGGCGGGGGGAAGGAGCGCAGGAAGGCGGCGAGGGGUAAAGGGAAGAAAAUUGGCGGUUGA